AAUCUAAUUUUUUUUUAAAUUGCCGAGAAAAAGGAACUGUUUACACUUCAUUAAAUAGUUUCACUUGUCUUUCCUUUCUUACCCAUGUUUGUUAAGCUGCCUGAUUUUUAACAAAAAUUAACUUGAAAGCUUCUCAUCCCAUUUUUGUGCUGCAAAUUUUUAAUUGUGCUUUCCUCACGUUCAGUUCUCAACCCUAUUUUUGCUUUCACUCCAGAGAAAACAGUUAUUUCACAGCUCAUGUACUAUGUAUUCCUUCCAUCCCAAGCGUAAUUGGUAAAGACUGUGUAAACAAAAAAAAAUCACUUCCGCGAAUAAACUCAUUCAAUGCAGUAGCGUCCAUAACUACCACAAUUGUCGAGUAUCACGAUGCUUCAUCUGUGCUUUGUUUUUGCACAAUACCAUUACUUUCCAUUGUGUACUGAACGUCUUUUUGUUUGCUUGUGUAGAGGUCAUAUAGAAAUUAUAUUAAGUUUAACGAAGAGAAUCGUUGUUAUUGGAUUUCGAUUUUUGAAAAAAAUGCACUAGUUGCAACGCUUAUUUAGAUCACAAUUUACAAACAAAAAUAAAACGAGUAAUUCUGGCAUAAUUCCAGAGAGGUAACGGGAUUUUAAAUACAAUUCAUACGUAGAAUUAGCAAUUCGAAAGCGAGAGUGAACCAUCAACACUGAACAGAAGUGCACUGGUCUAUGCAGCGAGCCAAACUUUGAGAGGGUUAAAGAGAAGUGCGGAUUGGGGUGGAUUUGAAGGAGGAGGGGUGUUUGCAUUUUCGAAAGUGUAAAAAUAUCUGGACAGCAUUGCGUUGCACAAGCAGCAGGGCUCGCCCUUGCACGGCUGGUGACGGGGAAAGCCCCUGUCAAAGCUGCAUGACGUGUGAGGCAGGGCGAAGUGUGUGUGAUCAGGAGUUGGGGAUUCCCUCUCGGGCUGCACGGUUUCCAGGUUGUUGGGUAGCUCGGCCAAGUUUCAUCCUCAACAUUGCCUCUUUCCGCCCUGAACGCGGCACUGCCUCUUCAACAGCAAAGAACAUUCGGGCAGGAAGUGAAAUAAGUCUCAAAAAAAAUGACGCAUGUAAGGUCUCUCCGAAGAGGAUGAGCUCAUCCCAGAUGGUUUCCUGUCCUGAUGCAGGAGGGGCGGGUAAAGGUGGUGGAGACGAGAAAGGAAAACAGACUGAGAAGGAAGAGUCUCUAAUCCGGCAGGGAGCAGGCCACUGUAAAUGGUUCAACGUUAGAAUGGGUUUCGGGUUUAUCUCCAUGACUUCCCGAGAAGGCAGCCCGUUGGAAACGCCAGUGGACGUUUUCGUACACCAAAGCAAACUUUACAUGGAUGGAUUCAGGAGUUUAAAAGAAGGAGAGCCUGUAGAAUUCACCUUUAAAAAAUCUUCCAAAGGCCUGGAGUCAAUACGGGUAACAGGUCCAGGAGGUACCCCUUGUUCAGGCAGUGAGAGGCGGCCGAAGGGGAAGACUGUACAAAAACGAAAGCCAAAGGGAGACCGAUGCUACAACUGUGGCGGCCUUGAUCAUCACGCUAAGGAAUGUAAUCUACCUCCUCAGCCAAAAAAGUGCCAUUAUUGCCAGAGCAUCAUGCACAUGGUAGCUAACUGCCCCCUCAAAACUGUUCCGACACAGCCCCUCAUUUCUCAGGGAAGAUACGAAGCAGAUCCUCAACCUUCCACUUCUGCGUAUGCUGCUUUCCCUAGAGAAACAGGAGGGGUCCAAGGCUACCCAGCUUUGCCUCACUAUCAGGAGGGAAAACCAGAGACUGAGCACUCUGGUAAGUCACCCCAUGAGGCUUCUUCAAGCAAGUUGUCUGCAUCACCUGAAGAAUCGAGCAGGAAAGGGCCUUCCAUUCAGAAACGGAAAAAAACAUAAAACAAGUUGUGCGAUCGCUUUUGAGGUUUUUUUUUAGAAAAAUAGGAUCCCAAACUACCUCAUACUUGCAAAAGUACAGGGGAAGUAAAUACACAUACUGCAGCUCCCUUUUUGAGGAAAAAGAAAGACUUGGUGAAUCAACAAACUUUGAAUUGGUCAAUUCACUCCAUGGAAAGAAUGAUUACUGGAUUAAGUUCAUGCACAUCCACUGUGCUCCACUUUUAACUUUGUAUGCAGAAACUCCAGUGGCAUAUGUGUUUCAGUAUCAAUUUACCAUUUUAAUUCCCUUGGCUUUUCUUAUCUUUUAUAACAAAUACUGUUCACAGUCUCUUUGGUAUCCUCCUGGAAUUGCAAAGCAAUACACAACACUACAGUCAACCCAAGAACACCUUUCAGAGGCUCCGUUCCAUUCAGUGGGCAGCUGAAGCAUUGCUGUUUAAGCAAAGUGGUAAACCAAAGGAAAUCAACACGUGGAUGCUACCAGAGCAGAGGUACCAGAAAUCAACAGACAUAUAAUUAAUAAAGCAUGGCAGUGUCUUUCUUCUGUUGGCAAUAUUCAACGUUGAGAUACUAGCCACUACCAUGAAUAUUAACAUAAGGGGAAUUGAAGCUUCAGAUAAUGUGAAUGUGUUUGUGUUGCAAGUGCUUUUUGGUUGUUUUUGUUAAUUGUGUCUUAAACUCAAACCUGUGAACACUGUAGUAUUCAUUCAUCGAUAUCUAUGGAUAUAUAAAUAUAUAUAUCUAUAUAUAUGU